GCGACCAAUGAAAUUUGAGCGGGUUUAUUUUAAUUUUCAAUUCGGCGCGCCAUGUAUUAACCACGUUUCGUGUAACCCGCCUCUCCAUUAAUUAGGGUUUUAAUCCAAUUUUACUCCAAGAAAGAUAUUAAUCUUUUGAUAGCCCCUAUACACCAUUCCAUGUCUGAAUCAAAGAACACAAUCAUCGACUUUGUCCUGUCCACAUAUUAGGGUUAUACUACUUCACCAUUCCAAGGUUCAGUCAAUAAGAUGAGAUCAGAUGCAAUUUGCGUUGAACAUGUGGCCUUCAAAGGGGUUCAAGGCAUAAAACCAGUGGAAGUUGGAUUCGAGCCUAAGACCUCUCUAGAGGGACUCAAAUGCUUACCAGUGCCUCACCCCUUGAAGAGAUUAGGAUUCUAUAAGUGCAAUUAUGGAGGCUAAACAUGGAUAUUAUUUUGUAUCAGCAAGGAUAGAAGGUCAAAGGACUGUUAGAAGCACUCUGCCCCAAAUUACAGUGCAGCUCAGGUGUUCGAUAAAAUGCUUGUACCAGAUCACUGAAGAAGUUGGAUUCCUUGAACAAAAAACUGCUCUAUAUUUUGCUUUGGUCGUUAGGGGCUUUAUUGGAUUGCAAUUUGGUGAGUUUGGAGUCAUGAGCAUAGGGGAUUUCCUCAACCUUCAUUUUUCCAAACUUAAAUUUACAUUUGGUAAUCAAACAGGUCAAACAAGGAGUAGCAAACGAAGGGUAAAAGGCUCAACAUGGUUAACUAAGUUUUUUUGUAGAUUGAAGAAGGCAAACUUGGUUAUCAAGGAGCUCGUUGAGGAAAAGGAUGAUGAAAAAUAAAAGUAAAUGGAAUUAUUGCAGGGUCGUUGGUUGUAAAAGAAAAGGAUAAGGUGGAUAAAGAUACGAUGCUUAAUAAGAUGUGACAAACUGAAGCUAUGAUAACAACUAUUGUUCUAAGAUAGGCCAAAAUGUUUCGAUAUUUAUCGUAUUAGGAUAAUUUCGGUUAUUUGAUGUUUUAGUUGGUGUUUGUAAUUAGAAUGUUUCAUAUGAUUCGAAACCGCAAAGACUAUAACAAAAGUGUUUUGUAUAAUUUUGGGAUUUAA